AUGGAGAGCUCGUCCACGCCGCUGGCCGACUACUUUUGGAUUGCCGGCGUCGAGUCCAUCAGCUACCAAGAUGCCCCGCCGCUGCCUUCUCCCUCCCAGCUUGACGAGACGAUCAACGAGGAUGGCGAGGGGGAGCUCUCUGACACGGCCGUCAACCCGUCCUCUCAGAAGGCCAAUGCCAGGCAUUCGCGCCACAACUCGGCCAACCGCUUGUCCAAACUGUCCAGCGAGGGCCGCUUCUCCAUCCAUACGCUCGACGAGCUCGAUGGCAACACUCGCAGCAACCGUAGCAGUGCCACCAUCCGGCCCAACCCAGCUCCCGCCGCCGUCAAUGGCAGCCUCGCGGACGGCUACAUACCCGACGUCGACUUUGACAAUGCUCUCAUGAAGUUUGCUGCGGAGCGGGAGAACUUCCUCGACGACCUUUCCUUCAGCGCCGGCGCCAAGCUCACAGCCCGACCGCCCAUGGUCAGCCCGCGCACCGAAAGGCUUAGGGCCGAAGAUGGCGACUUGUCCGCCAAGAAGAGCCCUCUGCGGAGCAUACGUGGCAGCAUCCGCCGCAAGAUCAGCUUCAGGGACAUGACGAGCGUGAGGAAGCAGCCGGCCACCCCCCGCGCAGGUGAGUCGCGAUAUCGAGCCCCGAUGCCCCGGGCCAUGCCGCUGACAAGCACUCCCACAGCUUCUGUUCGCACGGCAAAGCGCAUGAGCAAUUACAAUUCCGUCAUCCCGCCGCCUCAACCCCUCAAUACGGAUCCCAACAUGCAUCCGCUCAAGCGACGCUUCGAACCGGUCCUCCUGGAUCGCUACCCGUCCAAGGACGCGAUCGAAGAGACAUCGCGGCGAGGGCGGUUUCCAGACUACGUGCCCAUGUUCGCCUUCCCCAACGAUAUCCAGAUAGUUUCGUCUGAUGACAGACCAAGAUCCACCUGGCAUGGAUUCACAAUGACUUCGGAGGACAACUCCAAGAUUUACGGCAUCACCGUCAUCAUAUGGACAGCACUCAAUGCAGAAGUCGCCGACGACGUGGAGAAGCGAUGCGAGCAGUGGCGGCAGAGGCACAUGACGAAUGAAGAAAGAGAGCUUGCUUCUAGCUUGGGAGGGCGCCUGGCUGUGGAACGGGCUCACCUCUCGCAGUUGCUCGCAAAGUUGCCCACCAUACCCUCCGGGUCGCCGACGAGAGAUGAGCUGGAUGACGAGAUCAGUACCGUGGAGGAAAAGAUCAGCCUCAUGACCGAGAUGCUCCGGCCACUACGGCACGGUGCCGCCUCUAAGAUUGACGGUCUGACCGCUGGCGAGACUGGACUCUGGGUACCGAGGGCGUACGGUGUUCUUGGCAGAGAUGCCACCAGGAUGACUUUCUGGAAGGAGUGGCUGAGGGCGGUCGUUGUCCCCAUGACGGACGGCGCAGUAUUGCGAGUCCCUCCAAGCUCGCCAAAGGUCGGCCGUUGGCAGCCAUUGGAGCGUUAUGUUGUCAACCUAUGCACCGAGGCCUUCAGUCCUCUCAGCUCCAAGACGCAGGUCGAGCUUGGGGUGAGGGAGCUGCGCAUGUAUGCGCGAAGGGAGGCGUUGAAUGAGUUGCCAGGCUCGCGCAACACCGAUAUCUAUGCGCUCUUCAGGAGCCUUUCCCUCGACAACGUCUUGGCCCUCUUUGAGCACGCCAUGUCCGAGUCUCGCAUCAUUUUUCUCUCGUCGCAUACGGCCAUGCUACAUCUCGCAUGCCACGCGUUGGCCAGCCUCUUGUAUCCGCUCAAGUGGGCAAGCAUCUUCAUCCCGGUGCUGCCGGCCAGGCUUCUGUCUGCUCUGGAAGCACCCUGCCCCUACAUCGUCGGCAUAGAGAGAAGGUAUGAGCAGAUUGAGCUUCCAGACGAUGACUACGUUCUUGUGGACCUCGACAAGGAUUUGAUUGAAGCGUCCUCAGAGCCGCACCGUCUGCCACGGCAACACCGGCGCAAACUCAUGUCUCUUCUGCAACUUGCGGCACCGCAUAAGCUGAGGUACGGCGUGAUGACUGGACCUCCGCCGUACGCAAUUGAGGCGUUUCCGUACGACACCUUUUCCGUCGAAAACGAGUCUCUCUUCAAUUCUGCACCCGGCAGCUCAACCCUUGGCAAGUGGGUGUCUCAGAGCUCCUCGACCUUCAUGGAGCCCGACCCUCCCGCAUCUAUCCACCCUCCCGUCUUCAACGUCUUUGCCUCUUCGAGAAACGAGACCACGCGGGCCGAGCGCCCUUCAACCUCCAAGUCUACCAGUCCUCCUACAUCCGUCUCGCCUGUAUCAACACACUUCCCUCCAAUGCCAGCGACUCCAGUCUCGAGAAGUGACUCUGGGUUUGCAGCCAUUCCCAUGCUGCGAGAAAAGAAGUCUGGGCAUUUCGAGGAGAAGUCUCGCCGAAGCUCGUCCUUCGGCAUGGACAAGCACCCGUUACACAGACCCAGCUUGCCAUUCCUAAACGGGCACACCCAAAGCCUGUCCAUCUCGGCCAUCUCGAUAGACUCCCAGUCGUCGUAUGGCGGAUAUGCCCCGUCGACAUACGCUCAAUCCACCAUUGCUGCCUCCACGAUCAUGCCCAACAUGGUAGUGCAGCCCGUGCGGAACACAGACACCACCAUGUGGGUGGAGGGUCACUGCUUCAACUGGACGCCUGGGGAGGGUGCUUCCCUGUGUACCGUCUGUGACGAGCGAUCAGAGGGCGAUGGAUUGUACAAAUGCAGCGGAUGUGGGUGUCUGUCUCACAAUCGAUGCCUAGGUCUCGUUUGCCUCGUAUGUCCAGAGGCGUUCCACGCCGACAGAGUCCGUGCAGCCUUCGUUCGGUGCCACGCCAGUCUACUGUAUACCUAUCGCAAACACCUCGGGCGGCCUACCAAGGAGCAAAAGUCCAAUGGGCAGCUGUAUGCUUUCGACAUGGCCGGUUUCAUCAAGAGCCAGCCCUAUGAUCAGCAAGAAUAUGCCUCAAUGAUGAAGGAUACCCAAUGUGAGUGCCAGUCAUAUAUGCGGUCUGGUGAUGCGAAUGCGGUUGCUAACACUCCUGAUUGCGACAGUAUUCAACGAGUUUAUCCAUGA